AUGGGUUGUUCAACACUCCAAAGUCCAAUUCAUCCCGAUAUGAAAGAGAUAUUUGAAAGAGUGUUAAAACGAAGGGGUGAUGAUGAAUUUUGGAAUGAAUUGCAGUUGCAGGGAUGGUACAACAGAUUGCAAAGGGACGAAGUGGUGGCGCAGUGGAAGAAGGUGAAGGGAAGGAUGUCCCUGCACGUUCACUGCCACAUCAGUGGAGGUCAUUUUCUGUUGGACAUGUUAGCGAGGUUAAGAUACUUCAUCUUCUGCAAGGAGCUACCAGUGGUGUUGAAGGCAGUGGUUCACGGCGAUGUCACUGUAUUGAACCUGUAUGGUUUCGUUUUUGUUUUGUUACAUCGACUGAAAGAAAAGCUGAUGGAAGGAAUGGAAGAUGGAAGGAGACGAGGGAGAGGGAGAAGGAGAGAGAAAAGCUGAGAAAGACUGAGUCACCGUUGGGUUUGGAAGACUAAAAUCAAAGUUUCCUUA